AUGACAACUGAAUCUGAAAUUGCGCCCAACGAGCAUCAACUAUUCAAACAACUUGUUGGAUUUUUGGAGUUGAUUAAGGAGUCUUCUGUUAAAUUUGAUCCUCGUUAUAUACUUCGAGUUUUUCGUGAGUUAACUGCAAUAAGAAGACAAAUUAGUGCUGACGACUUAGUUCGGUUGGUCCAUCAGUUUUAUCCGGCAAUACAUCCCAAUGUUGAAAAUCUAAUCGAGGCCUUGACACCAUUCAGAAUCAGUUUGACUGAAAAUACGGGUGAUGAAAUGGAAAUCGAUAAUGACCAAACCAGUGAUUCUCAUGAAGUUCUUCCGGAAAUUGAUGUUUUCGUACAUCUUCUAGUUCAGAUUUUCUUGCAUGAUAAGGGAGAAACUAAAGCGUUGUACAACUUCAACAAACAUGUUAUCAAUGUUUUGAAAACAUACAAUUAUAGAACUUUAGACUACAUACAGGCAAAGGUGUGGUACUAUAUCUUCAGAGCUAGUGAAUUGGCCAAUGAUUUAGUCAAUAUCAGGGUUGAAUUGAUGAAUGCCUUUAGAACAGCAACAUUGAGACAUGAUACAGAAACUCGUGCAUCGGUUAUUACGUUAUUAUUAAGAGACUACAUUCUAAGUAACGACAUAAAUCAGGCAUACAAUCUAGUUGAGAAAACCGAAUUCCCCGAUGAAGCAUCCAAUCCUGUUGUGGCGAGAUACUAUUACUAUUUGGCAAGAAUCCACACCAUCCAGUUAGACUAUUCAUCUGCAUUGGAAUGUGUCACCACGGCAAUUAGAAAGUGUCCUCAAACGAAAAAUGCCAGUGGGUUCUUACAAAGUGCCACUAAGUUGCAAAUCAUUAUUCAGCUUUUAACUGGUGAGAUUCCCGAGUUGUCGAGUUUUGAAAACCCACAACUAGUAAAAUCUUUGAAGGCAUAUUCUGAGGUCACAAAGGCGGUCAGAUUAGGUGACUUGACUAUUUUCAGUGAUGCGUUGGAAACGUUUGGUGAACAACUAAAGAAGGACAAAAAUUACAAUCUUGUUCUUCGUUUAAGACAAAACGUCAUCAAGACAGGUAUUCGGAUCAUUUCCCUAACGUAUAAACGUAUUUCGCUUAAGGAUAUCUGUAUCAAACUCCACCUUGAUAGUGAACUUACUGCAGAAUACGUCGUUGCGAAGGCAAUCAAAGACGGUGUUGUCGAGGCCAUGAUUGAUCACACCAAGGGGUACAUGGAAUCCCUGGAGGUGUCUGAUGUGUACAGUAGCGUUGCUCCUCAGGAGGAAUUUGAUCGCCGUAUCAAGUUUUGUAUGCAGCUCCACAACGACUCUGUGAAGGCGAUGAGGUAUCCAAUGAACAAGGAACGUCGUGACGUUGACGCAGAUAUACAAGCCCGUGAACGUGAGCAAGAAUUGCUACAGUUCCUCCAGGAGGAAGAUUUCUAA